CUGACUUCUUGUUAACUUAUUCCUCUACAGGGUGUAAUAGGUGUACAGUUGGUGGUUACCAUGGUAAUGGCUAGUGUCAUACAGAAGAUCAUACCUCACUAUUCUCUUGCUCGUUGGCUUCUCUGUAGUGGCAGUUUACGAUGGUAUCAACAUCCUACUGAAGAAGAACUACGGAUUCUUGCAGGGAAACAAAGAGGGAAGAGCAAAAAAGACAGAAAAUAUAAUGGUCACAUUGAAAACAAACCUUUAACCAUUCCAAAAGAUAUCGAUCUUCAUCUGGAAACAAAGUCUGUGACUGAAAGGGACACUAUUGCAUUACAUUACUUUCCUGAAUACCAGUGGUUGGUGGAUUUCACUGUUGCGGCUACAGUUGUGUAUGUGGUGACUGAAGCAUAUUACAGCAUUGUGAAGCCCCCGCAAGAAAUGAAUAUCAGUGUAGUGUGGUGUCUACUUGUCUUGGCUUUUGCAGUUAAGGUACUGUUUUCAUUGACCACUCACUAUUUCAAAGUAGAGGAAGGAGGUGAAAGAUCGGUCUGUGUCACGUUUGGCUUUUUCUUCUUUGUGAAAGCAAUGGCGAUUUUGAUUGUGACAGAAAACUAUCUGGAGUUUGGACUGGAAUCAGGAUUCUCAAAUUUCUCAGAAAGUGCUAUGCAGUUUCUUGAAAAGCAGGGUUUGGAAUCCCAGGGUCCUGUGUCUAAACUAACCUUCAAAUUGUUCCUGGCUGUUUUGUGUUCACUUAUUGGUGCUUUUUUGACAUUCCCUGGCUUGCGACUGGCUCAAAUGCAUCUGGAUGCUCUGAAUUUAGCAACAGAAAAAGUAACACAAACACUUCUACAUAUAAACUUCUUGGCACCUUUAUUUAUGGUUCUUCUAUGGGUGAAACCAAUCACUAAGGACUACAUUAUGAACCCACCUUUGGGCAAAGAGAGCAUACCUUUAAUGUCAGAAGAUACAUUUGACACCAUGAGGUUGUGGAUUAUAAUCCUGCUGUGUGCUUUACGAUUGGCUAUGAUGCGCAGCCAUUUGCAGGCCUACCUGAAUUUAGCACAGAAAAGCGUGGAUCAGAUGAAAAAGGAAGCUGGCAGAAUAAGCACAGUAGAUUUACAAAAAAUGGUGGCUCGAGUAUUCUAUUACCUUUGCGUAAUUGCACUGCAAUAUGUUGCACCAUUGGUAAUGCUCCUUCACACAACUCUGCUUUUGAAAACACUAGGUAAUUAUUCUUGGGGCAUCUACCCUGAACUGAAUUCUAACACUCCAGUAGAAAACAGUUUGCUUCCCAAUUCAGCUUCUUCUGAAUCUCUACCAGCUGAUGGAAAGAUGAAAGUAACCGUAGUACAAAUAACAAUGGCUUUGGGAAGCCUAAAGAAUAUUUUCACUCCUCUCCUGUUUCGGGGACUCCUGUCGUUCCUUACCUGGUGGGUUGCUGCUUGCCUCUUUUCUACAAGCCUUUUUGGGCUUUUCUAUCACCAGUACCUGACUGUGGCAUGAACAGAUCAACUGAUAAGUUUGAAGUCAAAAUCUAGAUACAAACCCAGGUACCCAAGAGGAGGUGAAGAAAAAAAAGAAGAAGAAAGAUAUUUAUGAAGAGAAAACAUAUCAUAUUUUUUAAACUCUUCCUCUGUGUUCUCAGGGUGAAUAUUCUUAAAAUGCUUAAAAUCACAACUGGGUUUGUUAGUUUUGUUACCCAAAUGGUAGGUAACUAAUUCAAUUAUAGUGGUGGGACUGAUAUUAUGUGGCAGGCAUUGGUGUGCAUGUUGAAAUGUUACAACUUCAGAGAAUCUUGGUUUCCAUAAAGAGGAAGUCGCCUUCAACGCUUAAAGAAUCAGCAGUCAGUAACUGAACUGUGGAGUAGGUACUGGUCAUGCUGAUGGCGGCUACCUGUUGAGUAAAAUAUUGAAACUGAGCCAUACAAUGGACAGAAAAAGGGGAUUUUAAAAAGUUCUGUUGGAUAAUUUUUGAUCACUUUUCACCAUGAAAAAUGAAAUAAUCCAACAGGACAAAAGCAAUGCUGUAUAUUACAGUAAGGAAAGUUGUAUAAAAUUUCAGUUUAACAUGAGAGAAGUGUAUGGACCUGGCAGGUAUUGCUGCCUAAAUAUUAUGCAGGAAUGCUUGCACAGUGAAAGGGGAGUUAUUAAAAAAAAAAAAAAAUUAAAAAAAAAACAACAAAGAACAACUAUAUAUAUAUAUAUAUAUAUAUAAUUUCAGUCCCUAAGUCAUUUUGAAGUAAUGGCCAUCUGUAUUGGUGCUAAUUUUGAUCCACAGAUUUCAUUCGGAUCUUUUAAAGUUUUUCUUUUUAGAUGAUAGAUAAAUUCCAUUGAAUUCACAGAAUAAUAUAAUUAGACUAGUGAUGCCAAUCAAACAUUUCAAAACAAUACAAUUUAAUCCUGCUGACUGAGAGUGUAUGUAUCUGUGAUGUACAUAUAUAUAUUAUAUAUGAAAUAUAUAAUAUAUAUGAAGUUAUAAAAUAUGGAAUCUUUAUUUUAAAUUACUGAAUGUAUAUUACAGGGCCAUGGGAGAGGGAUAUAUAUGUAUCUAGUAAUUUCAAGAACCCAUUUGAAAUGAAAAUUAAAUUUUUUUGAAAGUUCAGUUGAAAGGGCUAUUUGUUUUUGGUGCCUCUACAAAGGUACUUAGCUAUACUAAAGAACUUAGGCUGUUCUGCAAGAAGAGAUCUGCUUCAUCUCUUAGUCUUGAAGUUUCCGCUCUGUCAGAUCAUUUCCUUUAACCAGUCUAAUUUCUGUUAGCUUGGCCAUGCAGUAACAACUAGUAUCUCUUGGCUUCAAGAAUAAACUUUCUGUGUAGUGAAAGAGUUGCUGUAAGGAGGAACAGGCUUUAACUUCACAACUUUUCCUUAACUGGAGGGAUAGAGCCCACAUAUCAAGCCAUUGAGAAACAACGAGUGAUGAAGCUUUGGAUAUUUUGCGUGAUGGGAUAACAGGAGUAACUAUUCAUAUGCAGUAGCUUUUUUUAAAAGAAAAGUUAAUAUUACACUGCAGAGUUCAGUGCUUCUUUGACUAAUAUUGGCUAUUUUUAUGUUAUUGUUCUUUUUUUUUUUUUUCCUCAUGACUUUGUGUGCCACUUUAGCAUAUAACCAGCAUUUCUAAAUGAAAGAGCUUAACAAAUAUUAAAUGUGUUGCAAACUUACCACAUGGGAAAACAAACUGCCAGUGAAUGCAGAAAAUUCAGAGUUUACACUGGUGACAAACUGUCUUGCUUUGUCAAAUACCUUUUAAGCAUUUAGUAAUACUAGAAGAAGAUCAAUGUACACCAGCUAGUACCUACUGCAUGUGUCUGGGAUGUCUUGAGAACACCUUGCAUGAUUUGACUGCUUUCAUUGCAGUGUAAUACGUCAGUGCUACUGGUGCUGUAAGCUUUGUCUGUUUUUUUGUUGUUGUUUUUUUUUUUUUUCACACCAGCUUUCCCUGACUAACAAGGACAAAGAUUCAUCUGUGUAAAUUGAACUACAGUAAUUUAAUUCAUAGACUCAGGUCUUGAAAUAUUCCUGGGAUUUGUAUUUAGAUGAAUAGAAUGAGAAAUUAUAACAGGUCCAGUAAUACUGGAUCCAGUUUCUGUUAAUUCAAGAUAUUUCAUUAGUAUAAGAAUAAUGCAAGCUUCUAAGUCAUAGGUAGUAUCCACCUUUAAUGUUUCAGUCAUGAAAAUGCUAAAACAAUGAACUGCAAAUUGAUUCUGAUUGUAAACUUGACCCAAAAAGCUCACUGCAUGAGAUUGUUGCAGUUGAAGGACAGGAGUAAGCUUCAGAUACUGAAGACGACUUCAAAAUAAUGCUAAGUAACUGUUUCCUUUGGCAUAGCAUGUAUUCUUGAAAGCCCACAGGUAGAAAUUGAAGGAUGGUUACAUAAUACUGACUUCAGGAAAGGAUUAUGUGUAGCUCAGCUUUGCAGAGCUUUUGAUGAGGAAUCACACUGUCUUAUGUCUCAGAUACCAUACUGUUCACAGUGAAAUAUGCACUGUAUGAUGCUAGCAUUAAGAUCAGUGCUUCUGGUUGUUGCUAUUCUGUUGUUCCAUGGAGUGGGGAGGAUGACCCUCUGGUCAGCAGUUUGAUCUGAAUAGGAGGCGGUUUUCUUUGGUUUCAUUUAAUCCUUACAUGAGGCUUACUAAAAACUAUAAUAUAGCAAUAAACAUCUUCGAACUCUUAGGUGAUGGUGAAAUGGGAGGAAGUAAAUUGCUGUGGUUGCGAGCAACACAUUUUAUAACUGCCUGAUAUGAUAUGCUCAGAAGUGACUUUUAGAAUAAAAUAUCAGCCUUGAUAGUUCUGACUUCCAUGUGUAUUAUGUAAACUAAGUAGUAUCUGCUCACUUGUUCAGGAUGUCCUUUUAAAACAGCAGCUGGCAAAUGCUUCCCCCCUACACCACCAUCCCCAGAGAGCUUUAUUGGCACUUUGUGAGGAAAAAGCAGCUUUGCAGAAAUGAAAAAACAGGUAAAACAAGACUGAAUAGCUUGUAGUUUUUAUUUAGUAUUCUUGUUUUUUUCUUCACUACCUACUUCAUUUUUGAGAGGGUUCAGAAGGAAAGAUGCCUUUGAUGAAGUCCAGAUCUACCAUUAUCACUCUGGUAAUGUGAGUUGUUGGCCUGGAAUUUUUUCUUUUUUUCUUCUGUCCACAACUUUUUCCUUACAUUAACUAUGAAGAACAGACCUGGCUGGAUUAGUUAAUAUUUGUAUUUUGAUUUUUGUUUUGUUAUGGCUUGGAAUUAAUUGAUCAUUGCAGGAUUCGUUCUUGUGAAUAAUUCAAGUGACACCAAAGUCCAGCUGGAAUGUGAACAGAGACUAAAACUCUUUUUCUAUUGCAAUUGUCCCUUUAGACAAAGUUAGAAUAAUACUAAAUCCAUGUCUUCCAGCAAGAUUCAGGAUAGUCCAAAUGUAACACCUGGGCUAGAGAAGUUGAGUAGAAAGAGGAGGUGGGACUGUAACAAGCCUGCUUUUCCACUUUGCAGGCAGUAUUCUCAGGCAGCGCUUGACCUUCAGUGAUAAUCUGAGAGACUCUGGGAUUUUCCAGGUGUUGAAGGAACUCUGGCAGUUUUUUUCUCUUCCUGUCUUCUCUUGCACGAGAAGCAAACACGAGAAAUAAGUAUUAAAUCAGUACAGGAGAAGAUCCUUGUACAGAAGGACAUGCUUUAGAAAACACAUUUUUAUGGCAAUUGUUCUUCAUCUUCUUGCUACCCACAAAUACUGGAAGAUAAGUGGAUAGAGAUGUGUUCUUACCUGAACUGUAAAGUCAUACUACAAAAGAUGCCGUCAAGAUACAUCAGCUAUGCAAGUAGGUAGCAUAACUUUAAUGUACAGAUAGGUAGUUGUUACAGUUUUCAACUAACUUGAAAGGAGUGAUUAAAAUUAUUAUGCUGUACUGAAGUACAGCUAAAUUCUAAUAGAGGUCUUGGAUUGAGUAGAAAAUGUAAGAAUAUCUAAUGUGAAACCGUGUAAGUCUUUUUGAAGGCUGUACAAGGUAAAAUACUAUGUGUGCUUUUAUUCUCAAAGGAUUGUUUUGGACAUUGCCUUGAGUUGUUUCUCCCCCAUUUCCUUCCCCCCCCCCCCCCCCCCCCCCCCCCCCCCCCCCCCCCCCCCCCCCCCAAAAAAAAAAAAAAAAAAGAUUUUGAGUAGAUUUGAAAUGUUACACAUUGUUUUGGCAUAUGACUCAAUCUGUGCCACAGAAAUUCACCCUACAGUUAUUGUUAUCCCUAGCAAGUAAGUAGAAUGUUCUGACUGAAGAAUUAAGUUCAUAGUACAAAUAGACAAUCUUGAAUGAAAACCAGGCCACACAAAAUGGGGUUUUCUCGUGGAAAAGUCUUUGCACUGUGGCUAAGCAAGUUCUAAUAGGGGAAGUCAAUAGCAGGUCCCUAGGAUCAUAAAUCAUAUAGUGGUGGUAAAUGCUUAUCAUAAUGACUAAGUAAGACUGUUAUUUUCAGCAUCUGCAUUCCAAGUCUUAAAUCCCAGAUGAUAAGAGCAGUCUGGUAGUUGUUCUAAAGAGCAUGUAGGCAACACGUACCAAAUGCCUGAUCUAGUUAAGACAGCCAGGCUGGCAGUCUACUGCAGAGUGAUUUUUGUGCAAGUUUUUCUGUAGAAGGGACUGCUAUGCUUUAUGGUGCGGGUAGUGCAAGUCCUGUAUUGGUGGUGUAUCUAACCUUCGCUCCCACUAAUAGUCUGAAAGGAUUUCUGCUCUGUGGGAGAGAGAUCGUGACGCCAAGAUAUUAUUCCAAGGCUGCUUUUACUGAAAUCUGUAUAUGCUGCACUUAACGUUUUCAAGUCUCUCGCUGUGGACUGCCAGGAGAGUUAACGCUACACUGGACGCUUCAUGCCAGUGUACAUGUAUUUUUAUAACUUUGAUUUUUGUGGCAUUUUUAAUGGAAAUUAUUUUUUAAUCCUGUUACCAUCAGUCAUGUUUUAAUUCUUUAUUAAUAUCAGUGCCUGCAGCUAGAAGUAAAAUACUUCUACACUCAACAUUUUUUUUAAAACUUGAUUUCCAGACUGGAGUGCUAGCAAGUGUGCAGUUUUAUAUUGGUUUCUGUAAUCCACCUGUAAAUAUCAAACUAUUUUCACCUGCUGUCAAAACAUCAAUCAAGACUAAAGGAGGAGGUUUGGAUUUGCAGUAUUCAGUAGCAUUGUGUCCUUAUGACUCUGCUAUUAAAACAAGCAGACACAAAAGCACAGGCAAACAAAAUGUAGAUUUUAGAAGUAGCUUUUUAUAAACUCCUUAGUAGUUUUUAUUUUAGUGAUGUGCUAAAUAUUUUUUAAAGCUUGUCUUAAUAUAUCUUCGUAAAGUCAACUUUUUUUCUCUUUUCUUCUCUUCAUUUUGUCUGUUCACAAAGGGAACUUUGCUUCCCUUCUAUGCCCUAAUUUUCCAGAAUUAAUUGUAUUUUAGAUUAAAAACAAGAAAAAAAAAACUUACUGUGUAACUGCAGUUCAUACCUGUGUCACGAUGUGCCAACAGUCUUUUGUUUUGGAUGUCUUCAAUCAUUCUCUUGUCCCACCAUUAUCGUUCUUAUGUGUUGUUAGUCCAUGCGGUUUCCUAGAAAAAAUCCACAUGGGGAAAAAAGAAGUCUGUAUAAGCAAUGCUAGGGCACUUUGUGUAAUGUUACAACUGUUGUAUUUAUGUGACUGAAUACUAAUGUAAACAUACUAUUAAAUGAUUUAAGCCUAAAAAUUCCUAUAAGAUAGACUUGUUACAAAUUACACAGGAAACACCCUCCAGGUUGUAAAUAUUUGACUUCAGCGUCUCUGUUGCUGGGUUCAUGCAUAAAUUGUGUUUCUGUUUUGUCUUAAAGAGUAUUUUCCUGUUUUUUUUAAGUGAAAAGCACAUAGUACUGUAUGAUACUGAACAAAUCUGAGAAUAGAGGGUCUCCCCAUCCACCAUUUCAGAAUUUGCCAAGUGGAAAAGACUCUUGUAUUUUUAAUGCAAAUUUUAGUUUCCUAUUACUGCUAGAUUACUUCUAAACCAUAGUUAGAGCUUUACAAAGUAUUAUGAUUAGCAUGCCUCAUAGUGAAGGUGUUAUGAAAUGGAUGUUGCGUUAUAUAGACCUCUUCUGACCAGUGUUGCAUUGCCUGCUGUUUAAAAAACAAGUUCUCAUUUCCUGUGUGCUUUUGGAGUUCAUCAGGAUAUAGAAGCAGGAGGGUGCAAUGCAAAUUGGAAAAGCUGAGGAGAUUUUGUAUUUGGUGGAUUGUUGGCACUUUAUUUUUUCUCUUAAAGUCAGUGGGGAUAAUACUUAGGUGCAAUUAAUACAAAUAAUAAACAAUCUAAAGAAAUGUCAUAUUCUUUUCGUGCACCGUAGACUAAAGUGCCUAAACAUGGGUGAGGUCUGUAGAAGACAUGCAUUAAACUUCUUGCAUGUAUCUUUGCGGUCAUUGUGCUAAAUAACAGGUCAGUCUUUGGAAAGAAAUGCAUGGACUGCUAGUCCUAAAAAAAGGGGAUAUGAUAAAAUAAAUUCUUUCCAUACAGCUUUUGGUAUAUAGAAUGUCUGUAUAUUUACAGGUCAUUAUGCACUGGAGGCAAAUAAGAUUUUGAAGAAAUCUUUUCCAUUUUUGUUACUUUGGUGAUAUAAUGUGACAACCCACAUAUGCACAUUCAGUUUUCUUGCUUUUCUGUGAUUCAAGGAAAGAACUGGCACAACUUGGAAACAGUUGACUUUAGUAAAGUUUUGUAGUGGCACCCUUGGUACUGCUCAUGCCCUACUUCUGCAGUUAGCUUUGACUUGGGUAAGUAGCUCUGCUUGAGAACAGAAAGACCACCCUGAAUUUCACCACGUCUGUAUGGUUUUGGGCUACAACAGAGGUGGAUUGUGAUGUGACUGGGACUGAGGAAAGAGGAGGCUCCAGUUAUAUGGGCCAAUUUUUAGAAUGCUUUUAGAGUAACUGAAUAGCAAACUCAUCUGUAGCUGUCAGCUACUUCCUUGCCUGUGAAAAUGGUGAGCAGUGGUAAAUCAUCUGGUCUGACUGGGGAGCUUGGGCAGGGGGAUGGGGGAAGAACACUGAGAAGCCUGCCUUUGAGUAAAUUAUCUCUAAACAUGAAGUGCUUGUAAGCUGAAAUGUUGUUAUAGGUUUAAAUCUACCAAAGGAAGCCUUCCUCCAAGGAAGCCUUAUAAAACCAUUUUGAGCUUUUAGCUCUGAGAAGUGGCUUUAGUAACCUGUGCUGUAUGUAGAACACUGUAGGGGAACACUCGCUCCAGUAAGCAUGCUAAACAUUUCCUUACACUGUGUGUAAGAGAUUGUUGCUUGUUAUUUUACUGCAGAGCGUUAAGAAGCUGGUUUUGUCUUGUUUGUAAGUGUUAGCGUAUACCAGGCAGAUUUCUUUUCAUGUAAAAGUAGUAAAAGAUGGUUUGUUGUCUAGAAACCUAAAACCAUUAACAUCAAUAAAUGCUGUGAGUUGAAGCAAGAUCAUGCUUUAUUAUUCCUAUAGUAAUUCUGGUGAAAUGCUAUAAUUUAUAUUUGUUUUUAUAAUGCACACGUCAUUAAAUUUGUGUUUAUUAGUUACUAGUGGUAAUACCACAGCAAAUAAGAAGAAACUGUGAUAUCUGCUGUGUAUUGAGUGCCCCAUCAACUCGCCUUUGUAAAGCAUUGGUCAGUGUGAGACAUUCAGUGUCUACUACAGUUAUGCUAACACAGUAUUUAGCAUCCCUACAUGUACUCUGCAUGUCUUUGCAUUUGUGCACUGUAGAAGGAUAAAUUGUUUCUCAGUACUUACUCUAGGUUUAAAAAAGCUUACAUUAUUUUAUAUAGUAUUUCCCAUAUCCAAAAUAGGUCAAUUACUGAAGCCAAAGAUCAAUAAAUGUUUAUUGUCUAUCAGUGUGGGUUUUUUUCCUAUUUUGUACAUCCCACUUGUUGUUUUGUACAUCUCUAGACUUGCCAAGUAUGGUAACCAAACUUACCUGUUUCUCUACUGGCCUAAAUUACCCUCUUAAGGAAUACUUUAGUAUAUUGUUUCUCUCCUCAUUGCUUGGGGUGCAGCAGAAUAAUUUUCCCCCACCUGCAUAAAUGCAGACUGCCAUAAUCAUGUGAGCUGAGUUGCUUUUUACCCAUGAAGAACUAAUUGUGUCGUGAUCAUAACACUGAGAAGCAUUAGGUCUGAAGUGGUGUUUUGCAACCCUGAUGGGUUUUUGAAAAUAUUUUUGGAAUAUUGAACUUGGUUAUGCACAAAUUUUUGCUCCAUUCACGCACACAUUGCCACGCACUGAAUGAAUGAUUCCCAUCUGCUCAGGUGGUUGUUCUUCAGCAGCAAAACAUCCUUGAGGAGAUGGGUCUCCUCUGAUCUGCUAGCAAAGUUGUACCAAAAAAAACCCACAAAGAAACUAUAAUGGGAAGUGUUGCUACCCAGCAAUGGCCCAUGGUCCCAAGGACAGAUUUUGAGCAAGGACAAUUUGUUAUAUUCUGCAAGAAACAAAAUGCAUUGUGCAGACUGAGCAUGAAAGCUUCCCAAAGUCAUAAUGACAGCAACUUUGGAAAGGAGUGUAACUGGAAAAACUGGAAUUGGGUUGGAGGUGGGGAGUACACGCUUGAAAAUACACAGGUUGUCUGAGCUAUGAGACCUCCUCCUGGAAAAGAGCAACACACUGCAGAGAGCAGGCUGAGUUAAAAUCAAGGUUAGGAGGAAUGUAAUGAGCUGUGGUGGGAUUUGUGUGUAUGUUUAAUUUGGUUUUAUUUGUGCAAACUAAGAAUGGCAUUCUUAGCAAUUUGGUAUCUCCAUACAGCCUGAAGCAUCAGUUUCAAUCCCUGGAGCUGCAGCAGAAUAGAUGUUUUGUCUGACAUGUAUAAACUCUUAAUUGUUUUUAUAGUCUGUAAUUCCAGUUCACAUAAUGCAUUGAUUCUCAUGUGCUGCUUGUAGUUAUCAGUGAGCACCAAAGCAGCGUAGAUGGUUCGCAAGGUUUACUCUAGGCGAGGUGUCUGUGCCUUAUGAAGUCUGUUGUGUUUAACCUUCAAAAUGCCUUUGGCUGGAGCCCAAAUGGGUAAUAUAGGCUGUUAACUCCACAGCAUCUUACCUGUGUGCACUACGGGUAAGAUAAGUGCUGUAGCACUGUGGGGCAUAGACUACCAAGCAGCUUCCUGGACGAUCUGUCCUUCAAGAGAACAAGAGUUGUGCAUGCUCUGCUCCGAGUUAGAUCACAAAGAGUUUGCAAAGAAGUUACAAUACCUGCCAGACUGUUGUGUGAAGAACAGCAGCUGGAACUCAGCGGAGGCAAGGAGAUGGCUUUUGUGGAGCAAUGUUCCUUCUCUCACCUUCGUAGGGGAUGCAAAGGGCCAUUUCCUCUCCCAAACCUAAUGUAUGGGCUAUUUCAUGUUAGUAGGAAGUAAUUCAUCAUCCUGGCUCUGGAAGAGCUCUGCAAUAUUUCAUGCUGCUUGUAAGACCUGAGUGCUCAAAGACAUCUCUGGAACUCUGUUUGCUGAGGACCAACAUUUUACUUUUCCCAUGGUGUAGUUUUAAUGGGUCUAGGGGCAAGGCUGCUUUGUUCAUGGCAUAUGGGGCCGCAGGUCAAUUCUGUUGCUCUUGAAAGCUGAAAGGAGAACACAGCAUCCUUCCUUCUGAGUGAUGAACCUGACAGGCUUAUUUCUGUGACCUGGAUAAAUAAGUAAGUAGCAUUUCUUUCCACCGGUUAGAAUUGAGUGUGCUUUUUCAGUGAGUGUAGAGCUAGUGUGAUUUAUGUUUAAAGUAAUUAAAAGCAAACAGGUUGUUGUUUUGAUACACGUACCUGCUCUUUAAUGAGCAUGGCUGCCCUGUUGCUUCCCAUUCAUUUGGGUUAUGUUGGUAGAAGGAUUUAACUGCAAGUUUUGGUCCUGAAAUCCAUUUCUCUUCCUUGUCUAAGCCCAUUCUGUUGCACCCCUACCAUCUUUCUGCUAUCAGCUCAGCCAGAAGGAUGCAGUAGAAAAUAGACAUUUUGAUCUGCCUAUGAAAAGCACACAGGUGCUGCUGUGCACUUCAGGACAAGAAAAAUCUUCAUCAAGAAAGGUGAGAACUUUCAGUGUCAGAAGUCAUAGGCUAAAAUACUCAAAGGCAGAAUAAAAACUGCGUAAGGGAGGGCAAAAGAGCAAGACAGGCCAUGAACCAGCAGCUGAAAGCUGGUGCUAGGUAAAUUAGAGCAGUAAACAGCGCACUUGUAGCAGUCACUAAUUGCAUCACAACCUGAAGGGGUCAGUUCUCCCCUGGGUUGUCUUCAGACGCCCUCUCUAUAAGCUGCCUUAGGUAAAGAAGUCAUUGCUCUUCAUGCAAGGAUUAUCAGUGAAUGGUAAAGGAAAAAGCAAAUGACUUUUAGUUUUCUACUAGAGACUGGGAUCUGGGGACUUCUGCAUUGGCAUUGUUAUAGCUGGAUGCCAUGUGACUGAGAAGGAAUGUGCAUUUCUUUACCACAUCUGAAAUCUGGUCUACGUGUUGCCAUGUGUAUAUUACGUUCUGUCUUUGUAGUAGGAUAAUGAAUGUCCAAUAGAAAACUUUAUUGGGGAUUCCUUUUCUAAAGGGUGCUGAAUCUUCCUGGAUGCCAAGAGCAGAGCAGAAUGUUGCUCUUACAGCACUGGAAGCCUUCACUUGAUCUUUCUGUUCCAAGGUUCCACCUUUAUGACAUAAAGUUUUCAGCAAAAAACAACAACUACAAAAAUACUUUUCAGUACCAGCUGCCAUUUGGUGUUGGAUUGUUCUGAGAUGCUUUUCUCCUGAGCUGUUGCAAGACAGAUAUUUCCUGGCUUUGUGUUUAUGUAUUUCUCUUCUCUCCUUGAGUAUACUUGGCACUUUGGCUCAUUUAUUUAGUGGUUACUACUUUGUUCAGACCAUUUCUCUACAUCUAUUUAUUACCUUAAACUCAGAGUAACAGUAACUUGGGCCUGUUAGAUACUGGUUGUGUUUUCUGUUCAAAUAGGCUAACAGUAAUGAGAAUGCUGAAGCAUUUUGUCCUUAGAGGAACACGUGCACACAUAUGUAUAAAUGACUAGCACGUAUGUAUUUGUAUGCAGGUAUGUGUUUUUACAUACCAUCCUGUUCCAUACCCCUGCCUUAACAGCAAGAUGCUCAUCACAGCUCUUCUGCGUCGUGCUUUGGUUGGUGUGCACCUGCUUUGUACAUAUAUUCUGGUUUGCUUAAAAAAUUCUAUGCCACAUUUCCUCACAGGCCUUAGUAAAUAGAAAGGUUAAGGCUUAAUUUCCCAUUGAAGCUGCAGACAGCUUUUAAUUUCUCCUUCUGACAAAACAAAACCCACUUGAACUGACCAGGCAUUUCCUGCUCAUAUAAAAUGAUCUUUCUUUAUUUGCUUUCUAAUUCCAACUUUACUUCUGCUUUGUUUCUUUUGAUUGAAGAGCAUAAAAGUGUACAUACAUAUAUAUAUGUGUGUAUAUAUAUAUAUAUAUAUGUAUAUAUUGCAAGCUCUUUGCUGUGAGGGGAUCAUUAUGUCUGAGAAAAUGACUGCAGUAAGCCUUUCACACAAAAACAUUUUGUAUACUUAAUAAGAAAUAAAGGUGUCAAAACACUGAA